CCAGCGAAACAAGACGUGGUGCGUGCCGUUAUGCUAUAUACAAUGUCGUGUACGCGUACGAUCGUCGUGACGAUUUCUUAAAAUAACAACGGAGCGCGAUCCAGAAUCGACAUGGAAACUCGCGGCGGGUGGAGUUACGGCUUGAUCGUCGAGACGUAGUGGUAGCGCGCGCAGCGAGAGCGAGAGGCGGAGGAGCGACGGCGAGAGAAGGGAAAGAAAAGAAAAGAAAAGUAAAGUAAAGACGGGGAAACGAGGCGGUAAACCCGAGGAACAGUUUCGGACGAUGAAUUAUUAAUGGUCGUAAAAGAGGGUCCCGGACGCGGGUGACGGGUGUGCUUACGCGGCGAGCGGAGAAUCUUCCUGCGCGGGGCCGAAGCUGAAAGCCUUUUCUACGCGAUCUUUUCUCAGCGAGAGGGAGCGAGGAGGGACAAAGAGGAGUGCGUGUAGGAGUCACUUUUUCUAACUGAACUCGCGAGUGACGCGCGCGCGCGCGCGCGCGCGAGUGCGAGUGCGAGCGCGAGCGCGAUCGAUCGGCUGCUUCGGACGAUCCGGUUCUCAGUGUCGAUCGCAGGGAGACUCGGCGAAGAAAAGCGGCUCGCCUCCUCGAGAUCGCUUCGCUAUGUGUCUUACGACGACUCGAGCGCGACUUUCGAUUUUCGGGAUUCCCCGCGCGACGAUGCGGACCGCGCGCGUUCGCGCGACGGCGACUGGGACCGCCCUUUAAAGGGUCACUGCGACCCGUUAGCAUCCCCUGCUGGGGGAAUUGUCCGAGUUCGAGGCAAGUGUGAAUCCUCGUGAGACCCCGAGGAGCUUCGAUAUCUACGGAAUCUUUCGGAAGCCGAGGAAUCUAAACCGCGCCGAGUUGACAUCGCGCGAAGAGGAGUGCGGCGGUGGUGAAGGGGGGUGCGAGUGGGGCGAGGACCUUAUCCGAGCAGUGUGCGAGCAGUGUGCCAGUCGGACAACGACGACAGGUGGAAAGUUUCGCGGCACGCGGCGCACCGCCCCGUCCAAAGUUUCGCCAUAAUCAUUUCCACGCGCGUUAUCGCCUACGUGGUGACUGCCCUACGUGUGGUAGGGGAUUCCACCCUGCGGAGGAUAUAUGCACGCGCGCGUCGUCGGACGGGACAACGUCUCGCAGGAAUCUCGAUAGGACCAGCGCGGUUCUCUCGCGAUUAUUCGAUCUUCGCCGAGCGCCGAGAGAGGAUUGAAGUUUCUCAGGCCGAACGUCGCGCGACGUCAUCCUACCGUCGGCUGUUUCGUUUCGCAACGGAUGCUGACCCGCCUGAUUUCUCGCGACGACUUCUGUGUGUUGAUCGGCGUUGAGGAGCUGGGACAAGACGCGAUAAGACCUCGCCUUAUCGCCUUGUCGUCUGGUGUGCUGUAUCAGUGCUGAGUGGAUGGUGGUAGUAGCUAUUUCGCGUGGAUGAUGUGAAUCGUUUCAGUAUCAAAGUGCAAGCGUACCACCAAACAGUCGCGGAAAUGGCUCUGAGAUGGCAAGCGAGGCUCUCGAUUGCUGCCAUACUCUUCAUGUGCACGGAAGACACAUUGAGUCUAGGAGAUCGGACGAUAGAUAACAUGGACAGACACGCGAUGCAGAGCAGACCUCGGCAACAAUUGCUGGAUCAUUCUUCCGGCCAGAAGUCGAGGCCGGAUCCCACCUUCGACUUCUCGCAGAACAGCAACGUGACAGCCCUGAUUGGAAAAACUGCAUACCUCACGUGCCGAGUUCGCAAUCUGGGCGAGAAAACUGUGUCCUGGGUCAGGCACAGGGACAUUCACAUCCUGACGGCCGGGGCGUACACGUACACGAGCGACCAGCGAUUUCAAGCGAUGCACAAGCAAAACACGGGCCAAAACAGCGAAUGGUCCGAGUGGACCCUCUGCAUAAAAUGGGCGCAGGAGCGAGACCAGGGUAUCUACGAGUGUCAGAUUUCCACCGUGCCCGUCAAGUCGCAUCAGUUUCGCUUGAACGUGGUCGUACCUACGGCGACGAUACUGGGCGGACCGGAGCUGUAUGUCGGUGCAGGCAGCACGAUAAACCUGACGUGCGCCAUACACUUCAGCUCGGAGCCACCAGCCUACAUCUUCUGGUACUACAAUGAGAACGUCCUGAGCUACGACAGUCCCAGGGGCGGCAUCUCGGUGAUAACCGAGAAGGGUGGCGACGUCACCACCUCUUGGCUCCUUAUUCAGACGGCGCAGCCCUCGGACUCCGGGGAGUACAGCUGCAAACCCAGCAACGCCAAUACGGCGUCCAUCAGGGUUCAUGUCCUAAAUGGCGAGCGACCGGAAGCGAUGCAGACCGGGACCGCGGGGCCGAUACUGUCCUCGAGCUGUCUUUUGGUGUCCCUCAUCAUUUUGUACAUAUCUUCGGUGUAAUCGGAAACGAGAAGAGCUCCAGCGGCCAGAGUUCACAUCCGUCGCGGUACGUUGCUCUUGCGUCCACGCGAAUGCAAACGAACAAUUUCACUCGACUAUUCACACGACGACCGCGAGGCAGCGACUGCGGUUUGUGCAGCUCGCACAAACGACUUCCUCAAAGGGGUGAUCGAGGACGAACGGUUUCAGCUUUCAGCGCAUUGCCUCUCCCCCUCCCCCACCCCCUCACCCUCUCCUCCUCCUACCCGCCGAAGAAGAUUCGUAACGUUUUUGUAAGAGAAUAAAACUGCCAGUUGCGCGAGGAAGUGGCAAUUUCUCUCGACGACGCAGCAGGAGCUCUCUCAAUUAAUUAAUCGUUACUUCUUGCAAAAGCAUUACGAAUUAACCAGUUAUUAACAAAGCGUUACCGAGUUACCGGAGGUAACUUUCAGCAGUCGCAUAGCAAAACCGCGCUGACGAGGAACGUUGGGCGACGCGAAGACCCGAAAGUUGCAUCGUGCGGUUUUGCUUCACGAUGUGAGUCGACACAAUUAUUUCCUUCUCCUUCAAAGGACGUGCUAGUCUCUUGGAAUCGUGUCCAGCUCGAGCACCAGCUCGAGACUCGCAUCAUUUCGCUCGCAAAGUUUCAAUCUUCUUCUACUUUCGCGUCGCUGAAUAUUCCUCGCGAGCAUAGAGGCGAACCUAGUCUCCCCUGCCCCUCCCAUUUUUUUAACACACACAAGAGGACGAUCGUAUCCGAGUUAUCGUCAAGCUCACCACGUAAACCACGUUUUCUACGUCGCCAUGUACGUCGUCAGUUAUCGUGGCCGCGCGCCGACGUGCGACAGAAAUCAAAAUGGAGAGAGCGCGGAAGAGCGUGACGUGUGCCGUCGUCGUGUGCACUUCGACCACGGGCGGAAUCGUGCGCGCUACCGAUGUGAACGCCGUCUCGAUGGAAAGGCAUUUAGUUAAGCUAAUGUCGAUGCUAAUGCCGGAAGCGCGGGGGUGCUUCGCGGUGGAUCCGGCGCGCGACGGCCAGACGUGCCGAAGAACCGGCGUCGUCGUCAUCUCGCCGUUGCCGUUGCCGUUGCCGAGCCGAGGUCGAGCCCCUCGAUAAUCCAGGUAAUCCGCAUCGAGAGAAACCGAUUUACGAGAAGCGUAAAGGAGGCGAGGAGCGAUUGCCUGACACGGUACGUUUUACGAGCGGUCGAAUCUUGGAGAUGCAAGCUACGUUCGAUGGGAUCCAAUGGAAAAUAAAACGUGACUCGAGUGCUCGAUCCGGCAAUUUUCCGUAUUUCAUAAAAUCGCUGCGCGAUAAUCGGCUGUACCCUCACAUACUUUCCGCCGCCAUUCCGAGUCCCGGUGGCUCCUCUCGCGCGAUUUUAUAGCCCGUUGCCGAGCCCGUUGGCGAGGGCGUGUCGUUCGAGUGCUCCCAGCGAUUACUUUUAUUGCGUUUGCAAAUUCGGUAGGUCGGAUCGGCGUUUGUGCUGUAAAUGCGACAACGUCAUUUUUUGGCCUUUUGCGAGGAGCUGAAGAAGGAGCUGAUAACGCGAAUCCGACCACGUACGGAUUCCAACGCGGCGAAGCGCAGACGCUCAAUGAAGCAUCGAUUUUAUAUUGACCCUCGCAUCGCAAAUGUUUCGUCAUUCUGCCAGCAACAUCAAUUACCGACCGAGUGCGAGUCGGGUAACGGCAAGUUGAUCGGUUUGGAUAAUUGAAGUCAUCAGGGUGAUAUCAGAUACGUUUCGAACAUACCUCGAGUAAGCGACGACACGAGAGACAUUUUCAGUGUAUAAACGUAUAAUUAAAUAUCUGUGAUACACACAAAGCGCGAUUGAUAAUACAAGUAUUAAGGCUAGGCGGGUUAAUUUGCAUAUUGUGAAGAACGCGUGUACGGAUACGUGUUGGUUCCAGUUUCACGAUUAAAUUCGCGAAAUCAAUGGCUCAAUGCGAUCCGCAUUAAGUCGGUUAAAGUAGCCCCAUUGUGUACGACAGGCACUUCGAUUACGUCCUAAUUUUCUAUCGUCCCUAAUUAGCGCGUUAGUCGGCGCAACGUUGAAACACUAUAGAGACAAUGAUCGCAUGGACGCAGUCGACUAUUCGACACUCGACGUUCGAUUUCCGUGUUACAGCCGUUCAAAUUAAUCGUCAUCAACGACCGGGACUUCAAACAUGUAGGAGUUAUGAAAUGUUAAUGAGGAGAUUAAUCGUCGUGUUGUUUCUCUCUCGUGAUUAAAUAAGCGCGGAUACCAUUCGGUGUCCGGUGAAUACGGGAAGAAUUGACAAAAGUACAUCCAGAGAGACGGAAGAGAGGAUAGUUGUCUAACGCGUAUGCGCUGUAUUGUAUAAAACAGACAGACACGCGCGUGGAUAACAAGAGAGCGCAAAAGAAUAAUUUGGAAUAAUUGAGCGUUCAUUAAAGCGUCGUGCGAUCGAGCGGCGGCGGGAGGUGCAAUUAGCGAGGAUAAAUAGCACUAAACGCGCGACAUACGCGCGUAAAAGUUAAUCUUACGAUCGCAAAUAAACGAGAGUGAAACACUCGAAUAAUUGAAUCGGUGUCCGGCGUGCGUGGAAAUUUAAUACAAUAAUCGCCAGCGAUUAUUGCGAACCGCGCAUAAAUAAGCAUCCUAUCAGUGAAAACAAUGGCGGGGCACGCUUCGAAAUUUCGACACGGCGAAUAGAGCGUCGGCUAGCCCCAAGGAAAAUAUGCACAGCGCGAGUAAUUCCCUCCCGAUAUACGUUAGCAUUAAUUUUGCGAAUGGCUUGCCUCCGAUUGUUUUUUGCGUUAUUCGACGAUCGCGCGCCAAUUGCCGCGUCUACGUUUAAUUGUGCGUCUACGGAUGCGUGAGCGAAACAUAUCGGAUCGCGCGAAUCGUCGCUUGUCUGGAAGAACGCGACUUUACCGUGGGAAAGUUUAUUUUCCACAAACUGUGCCGGAUUCGCGAUAUUAACCGCUUUAAUCCUUUAUAUCUUGACGGUGCUUAAAAGUAUCGUUCUGCAUUCUGAACGCUCGUACGUUUUUAAACUUUUCUCUGUAUCUCACCCUACAUUCCUAUCGGUACUUGCAAGCAUCGCCUUAAAAUUUAAUCAUUAAAUUGUUAUAAAAUUGAUUUUUCUAUUUCCUACGUUUAGAACAUGCCAAAAGCCAUUUUAUUGCAAACAUUUAAUAGGAAAGCCUCGAGUAAAUUAAUUCGGGAUACAAGUGAUUAACGACGUUAAGCUGCAAAUUAUUCGGUAUAGGAAAAAUUGCUGCCGAUAUAACGUAACACUCGACGGCACGGCAAAGAAAGCUCCGAAUCAAGUGAGAAGAGCACACGCAAAGUCUCUCUUCAUACUUCAUUUUUAGGCGUGCAAUUAUCCGACCACAGACCAACCCCAAUCUCGUUGCUCCAAUUAAAUUCGUGGAUACAUCACCGCAGAGAGAUUGCGAGAGGGAGAGGGAACCGCACAGCUCGUAAUAUCAGAGCAGGUAUCGAUGGAGCAUGGCUCCUCUGAAUGUAUCAUUUAGUCGCCAGAAGGCCCGAAGUAAUUGAUCAAACGUCGAGCACUCCCGUCACCGUUUGUCCCGACAUCAUCAUCGCGACCUAACGAUCGCAGCUACGCGGGCCAACGAUCCAACAGCCGGAUGCGAGAACGGGCGCACAGAGAGAGAGAGAGAGAGAGAGAGAGAGAGAGAGAGAGAGAGAGAGAGAGAGAGACUGGAAGACGGAAUCGCGGAAUCACAGAAGUGUUUCGCGUGCUCGUCGCGAAUGGAUCCUGGCGAUGAUACCUGACCGUGACGCACAGACACGCACUCGCCGGCCUCAAGGAGGCACGUAUCAUGAUUACAGCCUAUAAUAGCGGCCGUAAAUUCACUAUCGGACGAAUGCGCCGGGUCUCCGCUUGGCGUUUCAUCGACAAGCGUCCGCGCCGCGACGCCACCGGCAUUAGCAUCGCCGUGUCAAUCGCGAAUCUGUACAUAGAGUCUGUAUUAUAUAACUCCGUACGACACAUCACACUCACACUCACACGCCUUGCGCGCCGCAUGGAAACUUGGGCGCGAGCCGAUCCUCUCCCUUCGCUCUACCAUGAACCGUAUAGGGGAACCGCGAGUUUCCCCGUUGCGGCGCGGCUUCGACCGCGAACUCACUCGAACGUGCGCUCAAGAGAGAGAGAGAGAGAGAGAGAGAGAGAGAGAGAGAGAGAGA